CACCCCAAGCUUUUCUUCCCUACCAACACAUUCUCCUCUCAUCUCCUCUGCCCUCUCCAUCUUCCAUUACUCUCCCAAUAUUUUAUGGGCAGGAAAUUCCAUUCCCAUCUCCCAUCUUUCCUUGCCUCCAUUUAUCAACCAAAGAAGCCUUCUUUCCACCCUCUCCUUUCUCCAAAUUGUUCCCUUUACUUCUUCUUCCUCUCAUCUCUCCUCACAACACACUAAGCUUCCAUCACUAUAUAACCCAAAGACUGAACAUUUUUUAGCACCUGAUCUGCUGUGACCCUUCUCUCGAUUUAUACUCAUCAUUCUGAAAAACCCAACAGAAUGGUUUCAUCCUUUUCUCUGUUCAUCUCCCUCAUUCUGCUUUCCUUGGCUAAAGGAAUUGAAGGAACUACAUUCACAGUGGUGAACAGGUGUCAAUCCACGAUUUGGCCAGGUAUUCUGGCCAACGCGGGCAGCCAGCCACUAGACAGCACGGGCUUCGAGCUCCCCUCCGGCGGGACCCGCACCUUCCAAGCCCCACCCAGCUGGUCGGGCCGGUUCUGGGGCCGGACUGGUUGCCAGUUCGACCCGUCCACCAACCAGGGCACCUGCCUCACGGGAGACUGCGGGUCGAACCAGAUCGAAUGCAAUGGCCAGAACGCGAAACCGCCCGCCACGCUAGCGGAGUUCACCGUGGCCCCCACCGGCGGGCAGGACUACUAUGACGUCAGCCUCGUCGACGGCUACAACUUGCCAAUUGUGGUCGAGCCGACGGGAGGGUCGGGCGGUACUUGUUCCUCGACCGGGUGCGUAACCGACCUGAACCGGCGGUGUCCCACGGAGCUCCGGGUCGGGUCGGGCGCGGCCUGCAAUAGCGCCUGCGAGGCGUUUGGGACCCCCGAGUACUGCUGCAGCGGGGAGUUCGGGUCGCCUGACACGUGUAAGCCGUCGCGUUAUUCGGAGAUGUUCAAGUCGGCUUGCCCUCGGGCGUAUAGUUAUGCUUAUGAUGACGCGUCGAGUACUUUCACUUGUAGUGGAGCCGAUUAUGUGAUCACAUUCUGCCCUUCUUCCACGAGUCAAAAGUCUGCAAAUGUUGGGCCUUUGUCGAUAUCGGCGACGACAGGGUCCGAUAACGGCCCAACCGAAUCAGGAGAUGGGCCUUUGGGAAUCAACACAUCAUGGUUGCCAAAUUUCGUGACUGGAAGCUCUUCUUCUCCCAUUCCUUCAUCCUCUUCUUGGACAUGGCCAUUCAUGAUUGCUUCAGCUUAUUUGCUCUUUUCUUCAUUCUAAGUUCUUUCCCCUCACUUUAAGCUUCCACAUUGUAAAGCCAAAAAUUUUUCUGUAUCUACUAGAGAAGCAAACAUAUUGAUUGCGGAUAAAUAAACCAUUCUUGCUCUUUUUGUUUGCCCAAAUGAUAGUGUUAAAGAUUAAUGGUGAUUUUGAGUUUGGGUGUGGAUGACAAUUUUCAUGGGUAUGAUUUGUCAAUGAGGGUUUUGAAGGAAAGGUAACAUCAAAGACGAUUUUUAACAUGAAGUCUCUAGUCAACUCUCAAUAUGUAGUCUAAUACUUGAUAUACAUGGAAUUAUCGAAAUAGAUGAUAUGUCAAAUUAAAUGGUACUUUUGGAAAAUGCACCAAUAGUACCUCAUAGUGUAGGGUCAAGGUUGUAUUUCACAUGUUUCUCUAAAUGUACUAUUACUCAAAUUCAUUUUUAUAUACUUAAUAUCGGUUUGCAAUUAUUAAACAACAUUAAACACAUUAAAGCGAUUAGCUAAGGUAAACUAAAUAAUUAUCGGUUUCUCAGGUGAGGAAACUUGGGAUGAAUCUGCCUAGCUAGUUAAUAGUCAAAUUGUGUGAUAGAUGAAACCCUAACGCCUAACAAUUUUCCGCCACAAUGCGGGGAACUCACGAUUUUAGAGAGAUUUAUCUUCAACAUGACUAAACCAACCAACCAAUGCUCGAACAACCUACAUUCCUUCUCAAGGGUUUUCACCUUAUGCGAAGUGAAUUAAACUUAACUACUACUUAUUUUUAUGCAAUCAUUCAUCCACUCCUGACCAGCUCAAAAACUUAUUCACCCAAAAUUAACCACUAGGAAAAACAUGAUAUGACAUAAAUUGAAUAUGGAAAUAUUCUUAUAUAAAAAAAUAAUUUAGAAUUUAUUAUUCAUUAAGAGGUUUUUAAUAACUAUAACGUUAUAAUAUAUAGAGGUACAUAAGGAAAUUUUGAGCAUUUCAAAUUCUUUGCACUCUCCUUAAUUGUAGUUAGGGGUAAAUUUGUAAGUUCAAAUUAGAACUUAAAUAUCUUCUUACGAGAAGAAAAAUGUUAUUACAAAGACUUGAACUCGAGCCUUUUAGAUUGAUAAUCAAUAUCCCUAACCAACUGAACUACAACAAUGUUUAUGCAUUUUUUGAAAUAAAGAGAGAAAGUACUAAAAUAUCUCAAAAUCAUAGGACUAUCCACCGCAACAAUCAAUCAUCGAAUUAAUUAAUAUAUGUAAUUAUUUACAAAGUGAAUCACCAUGAUAUACCUAGCUUUAUGAAUCAACUAAUUAGUGAGUUCCUCUAAUCACACAAUUCUUCACCAAGAAUCAAAUAGUACAUUUUGAGUUUAUGCAUGACUGUAUGUCUUACAAAUUUUCAUUUAUUAGGUUACAUGAAUUCGUAGUUUGUAGGAAUACAAGGAUUGUUUACAGAAGUGCUAUACAAAAUUUUAUUUCAAAGCAUAAAAUUUGACAUUUGUGAUCUAUAGUUUUGUAACGAGACAUUUUCAAUGCUAUAAGUGAAUGACCAAAAAUCAUUGGCUAACAAUUUUCCUAAUUGUUGACAAUUAUAAGCAUAGAAUUGAAAGACUAAAUACCAUUGACAAAUGAGCCAAUUAUCAUUGGCUAAAUUUAACAAACAAUGGUAUGUGUAUAUACAUUGGAAAUUCUCUGGUACGCUCGAUGGAUUGAGAGUUAUUGCAUCUCCUUAGUUAAAUAACAUUAUCUAGAUCAUAGAUUAAUAACGUAACUAAACCCUAUAUCAUAAUUCUCUAAAUCCUAAUAUAGUGCAUAUGGUAUAUUGUAUAAAUCUUGGCGAAUCAGAAUCAUUGAUUAUGUUCUGUAUAUGUGAUAUUAGGGUUUAAGUUCUAUAGAUUUAGGGUAUAUGAUUUAAUUAUUUGAAACUUAAUCUCCCUUUUCCAAUUUCCUACAAUGAGAGGGAAAUUAGGAAAGACAUUUUUGUCUUCACAAUUAUCUGUAUUUUUUAUUUAUUUACAGAAAAAGAUAGACCUAUUGAGAUUUGAACCAUGGUCACUUCAAACAAAGUGAAGAUUUAAAAUCAAUCAGUCUAUGUAGAUUUGUUGAAUUUUUUUUAAAUUAAAAAUAUAUACGAAGCUAAAAUAUGAAAUCACAAAACUUUUCAACAGUUAGCUAGCCCAAUAAAUAUUCCGUAAGUACUUAUUUGGUGUUUUGAUAAUUUUAUUUUAAUUAUAAUUUAAUACUUAAUUUAAAAUUUUAUCUAUCUUAUAAAUAGACGAUAACCAUAAAUUUGCAACCAAAAUAUUGUUGGUUCGAAUAUUUCAUAUCGAAUUAUAAUAUUGAAUAUGUAGAAGCGAUAUAGAAUUCUUAAAUUACCAUUAAUUUCCAUAACUAUAGUGAAGCAAUCAUAUCUUUGUGCAAACUAUAGGGGACUGGUUCUCUGAACAUUUUUGUCCGGUUAAAUACUAAGUUUUGAAAAUCUUCCUCGGGGUGUACGUGGGUCGGUUCGCUUGGGUUAGAUAUUUUAAUCACCUAACUCAUAUACCACGAUUUUGAAAACACUAAAUACAAACUCACCCAAAUUAUUUAGAAUUUUAAUGGUUUGUGUCCUCCAUACCAAAUGAACCAAUUUACAUGUCGCUUAACUAAGGACGAUCUCAUUGUCCAAUCCCAUCAUUCUAAUGUCAAUCCAUAAAAGUAAGUAAGUAACCCAUAUUCGUGUUUAUUAACACAUGUUUCAUAUUGUCAUUACUGUGACCGGUAACUUCGCUGCAACUGAUUCGGUAUUGCUCAUCAUAUGGCCUCCAAACUGAUAAACAUAUCGGGCCAGCUGUUUAAUGACAAAACUCAAAGUGAAGACAACUCAUCGUCUGGUGGAAUUUUGGCGCUUGCUGGUGUCCAUUAAUCUAAUUGCAAGCAUAAUGAUUGCUAAAUUAAGCUUUCACGCAACACACUAGGAGUUGGGGGUGUGAACUUGGAGUAAAAAUUGAAAUUGGGUUUGGGAAUGGAAGUGGUGAGCGGAAGAGAUUGUGUUUGGAUUUGGUAGUAGGUAAAUUUCAUGGUUAGGUUUCUUUUCGUAAAAUGCUUUGAUUUAUUUUAGUUAGAGGUAUAAGACCAUCCACAUCCAUGAAAUAGCAAUUCUAUUUCAUAUGUGGUCCCUACCGCCACAUCAACAACUUUUUCCAUUCCACUAUAUACCACUUUCAUUUCCUCUACAUCAAUGAAAUACACUAUCUAUUUCAUAUGGUGGGUCCAACUUACUUUUUAAUACAACUAUAUACUAUAAAUAAACAAUAUAAAUAUGA